UCAUAGACAAUGUGCGAGAGUUAUUAAUCGCGACAAGUGCUGUCAUUAAUUGGCGAUUUGUUUGCCUGCGAUUAUAUAAAUAGUGAAGCACGUUGCCCGAAGUCCUAAUUGCGCAUCGAUUGUCCCCGCGAUUCGAGAAAGAAAGAAAAAAAAAAAAAGGAAACGAGGGGAAUAAAAUUGAGAAUUGAAAAGGAAAAUAAAAGUGGUUAAAAACCCCCGCUUGGAUCGCGAAGCGUGUGUUUUUUGGUUUCGCACCUGAACAGUUUUCGGUGUAAAAAUGUGAAUCAGUGGGCAUGGGAAUGGGAGAAUUAAAUGCGAACGAACGAUACGAAUAAUAAAAUACAACUCACACCCUCAGCGAGAGAGAGUAAAAUGAAUAAUGAUGCGAAAAACCAUGAAGGCGAUGACUUGAGUGUGCGCUCCACGGCGUAUUUGAAUAAUAAUAAAACAAAAACAACUACAAGUGCAGCAGGAGCAGGAGCAUCAGUCGCCGCAUCAGCUACCAAGAACAACAAUAACAACAACAAUACGAGUGGUAACAAAAAUCAAAACACAAAACAGCCAAAUAGACAGUAUAGCACUCAUAACUUACCUCGUAUCGCAACCGCCAAACACGCGAAAAUCGCCGCCGCCGCCGCUCUCUUGGUCAGCAACAAGAAGCCAGUCAAGUAUGAGAAACUGACCACCGCGGCGGCAGCAGUAGAAGUAACAACACCUGAAACACCAGAAACAACAACAACAACAACUAGCACCAAGGCGAGCAUAUUAAAAGUUAACAAUUGUAACUCAGCCACUGCCAAUACUAACAGCAAGAUGUCCGGCACCAGUAGCCAGACAACGCCUACGCCCACGCCCACGGCCACGGCCACCUCAACCACCACCACCACCACAACGAAUCCCAGCAGCAGCAGCAGUGGGAGUGGGAGUGGGACUGGGACUGCUGGUGGAGGAGGAGGAGGAGGCGCCACCGGCGGUGGUACAACGGUCAUUGCCAAUCCCGCUUCGGUGUCAACCACUGCCGCCGGCAGCGCUGCCAAGUUCCGGGCUGCCGUUGCCUCGGCGCCCAACUCAACACCGCCAGCAACAGCAACAGCAUCCGCGCCGCCAACAGCUGCCGCCUCCGCAUCCGGAUCAGUAGCACCACCAGCUCCAACACCCGCCCCAACCACCACCACCAGCACCAGCAGCAGCAGCUCCUCCUCGAAGAAGACACGAGCAGCUGUGGCAGCUCUGAAGCGUCAGGUAGCCAUGCAACAGCAACCAUAUGCUGGUGGCUCCAACACGGCUCCACCCAACCUGACCAGCAAGGAUUCGGCGCAUUUGAAAUUCGCCGCAACCACUCUGCUGAUGGGCGCCGCCGCUGCUGCUGUGGAUAGCAACGCUGGCGCUGCUACCAGCGGAGGAGGAGGAGGUGCUGCCGGUGGUCCAAACCGGUCCAGUAGCACUGCUGUCGAUGUGGCCAAAACAGCGGCCGUGCUCAAGCAGAAGCUAAAGGAUGCCGCCGCCGCUGCCACAGCAUCCGCCUCGAAUCGCUCCGCCUCGUCGUCCCUAUCCUCGAACGCCUCCUCGCUGUCCUCGUCGGUGGGCAUUGUGAAUGCCAUCUCGUCGGCGCUGCAGAACAUCAUAACGCCGGACACCGAUACCGACACGGAGUUCUAUCCCCAGCCGGCGACCACAGACUUGUCCGAAUCGGAGGAGGAGUCCGUCUCAGAGAUCCUAUUGGCAUUCUUGUGUUUAAGGCCAGAUCUCCUGGACGAUAUACCCGAGUCUGAUCCUGAUAGCUGUCCGCACGAAGGAGAGCGACGCGACGAUGAGGACGAGACGGAGGAGGAGUCCGAGGACUCCGAUGAGUCCGACGGCGACGACGAGGAAGAUGAGGAAGAGAUUGAUGUGCUGCAGGACAACGAUGCAGAUGAUGAAGAAAUUGAUGAUGAGGACGAGGAGGAGGAUGCGCCGGAAGUGAGUCCCUUCCUUCUGGAUGCCAACAACAAGCGUUCCAGCAAUCUCUCCGCCCUGCUCGAAGCUGCGGCCAAUGAGAAGGCUCCCGUCCUGCGCCACGCCACCCAUGCCAUCGACGAGACCAAGCAGGCCUUGACCAAGAUGCGCUGCGCCAACAGCCCACGCGAUAAGAACAGUGGUUUUUCGCGUUCUCUGGUCGCCGCCUGUACGGACAACGACGUGAAUACGGUGAAGCGGUUGUUGUGCAAGGGAAACGUGAACUUGAACGACGCUGCCGCCUCUACGGACGAUGGCGAAUCCCUUCUCUCGAUGGCCUGCUCCGCCGGCUACUAUGAGCUGGCACAGUCUGUGGGCUUUCCCGAGACGAUCCCGAAUGCAAUCUAUAAGAAACUAGUUAAUGACGUUAAGAAGAAGAACAAUGGAAAGGUUCUACUGGCCAUGUCAGCCGCUCAGGUGGAGGACAAGGGUCAAAAGGACUCUACGCCGCUGAUGGAGGCCGCCUCGGCUGGUCACCUGGACAUCGUGAAGCUUCUGCUCAGCCACAACGCCGACGUGAACGCCCACUGCGCCACCGGCAACACCCCGCUCAUGUUCGCCUGCGCCGGCGGUCAGGUGGACGUAGUCAAGGUGCUGCUCAAGCACGGUGCCAACGUGGAGGAGCAGAACGAGAACGGGCAUACGCCGCUAAUGGAGGCAGCAUCCGCGGGACAUGUUGAAGUGGCCAAGGUGCUGCUGGAACAUGGAGCCGGAAUCAACACCCACUCCAACGAGUUCAAGGAGAGCGCCCUCACGUUGGCCUGCUAUAAGGGUCAUCUGGACAUGGUUCGGUUCCUGUUGCAGGCUGGUGCCGAUCAGGAGCACAAGACCGACGAAAUGCACACGGCAUUGAUGGAGGCCUCGAUGGACGGUCAUGUUGAGGUGGCGCGCCUGUUGCUGGACUCCGGGGCGCAGGUUAACAUGCCAACAGACUCCUUUGAAUCCCCUCUGACCCUAGCGGCAUGUGGGGGUCAUGUAGAGCUGGCCACUCUGUUGAUCGAGCGCGGUGCCAACAUAGAGGAGGUCAACGACGAGGGCUACACACCUUUGAUGGAGGCAGCACGCGAGGGACACGAGGAGAUGGUCGCUCUGCUGCUGAGCAAGGGGGCGAACAUCAAUGCCACCACCGAGGAGACCCAGGAAACGGCUCUUACGUUGGCCUGCUGCGGCGGCUUUAGCGAAGUGGCGGCUUUCUUGAUCAAGGAGGGUGCCAAUCUGGAGCUCGGCGCUUCUACGCCUUUGAUGGAAGCCUCGCAGGAGGGCCACACCGAUCUGGUGCGAUUCCUGUUGAAGAACAAGGCCAAUGUCCAUGCGGAGACGCAGACCGGGGAUACGGCUCUGACGCAUGCCUGCGAGAACGGACACACAGAUGCCGCCGGCGUCCUCCUGUCCUACGGAGCCGAACUUGAGCACGAGUCGGAGGGCGGACGCACUCCGCUGAUGAAAGCCUGUCGUGCCGGCCACUUGUGCACUGUGAAAUUCCUCAUCCAAAAGGGCGCCAACGUCAACAAACAAACGACCAGCAAUGAUCACACUCCCCUGUCGCUGGCCUGCGCCGGUGGCCACCAGUCGGUAGUCGAGCAUCUGCUUAAGAACAAUGCCGAUCCCUUCCACAAGCUGAAGGAUAACAGCACCAUGCUAAUCGAAGCUUCCAAGGGCGGGCAUACGCGCGUGGUGGAAAUACUGUUCAGCUAUCCGAACAUCUCGCCCACGGAAAUGGCAGCCAAUGCCAACGCCGGCCAGGUCCAGGCCCAGGCUGCUCAGGCCCUGGGCUCGAAUCAGAUGCGCCUGCAGCAGCAGAAGAUUCUCCAGCAGCAGUUCCACCACCAGUUCCAGCUCAACGCCCCGCCCGGAUUGCAUGAACUGUCCGAAGCGGCUCGUGCCUCCAACCAGCAGCUAUUCCAUCACCAGCAGUUUAGCAACACAGCAACUGGCGGCAACGGCACCUCCAACAUCGUUGCCCUGGGAACCGGCGACUUUCUGGACGCCGGCGAACUGCAAUUGAGUGCUGCGGGAGCAGGUGCCAGCACCACCGGCAGUGAGGCGGGUGUCGAGGAGUACGGAGGAGUGGGCGGCAUCGACUUGACCACCCUGGGCGCUCAGCAGCAGGAAGGCCUCAUAGCCAAGUCGCGACUAUUCCAUUUGCAGCCAGGAUUCGAGCAGCAGCAGCAGCAGCAACAACAGCAGCAGCAGCAACAGCAACAGCAGCAAACGCUGGUACCCUGCAAGCACUUCGACCUCGACAUGGAGCACAUCAACUCGUUACAGCCGCCACAAAAGGCGCCACCGGCUCCGCCGGUGCUCUUCCACACUGUCUACCAGCAGGAAGUGAUGCAGCAGCAGCAAAGACACUUGCAACAUGUCCAGGCCAAGCUGAAUAGGCGAAUGGAGUUCAUUGAGUGCCCGCUCGAUCAGCAGCAGCAGCAGGGCGAGCAGGUGCGCUCCCAGCCCCUGGGUGAAGAUGGUAAUCCGCCGCAGUUCGCACUCUCAACUGAGGAUCCACGCUUGCAGCGGCUGCGCGGCUUUGCGCCGGAUCUGAAGAAGGGUGAACUUCCACCGGAGGGCAGUGGCGGUGACCAGGCCGAACUAUCAUUAAAGGGAGCCGAAAGCAAUCAGCCCGCAUCCACAGCUGUGGACAGCAGUGCCUGCACCCAGAUACCAGCUCGAAACCCUAGCGGCGCCAUUACCCACUCCUCGGAAGUCCUCCAAAGCACGGCCAUCAGCGACAGACCCAAGGUGAAGGCCACGAACAAGAGCAACCGCAAGCAGGCAGCUGCAGCAGCUGCUGCUGCAGCAGCCGCGGCUGCCGCAGCGGCGGCGGCAGCCCAGCAUGCCCAGCAAGUGCUGCCGAAUCUGCAGCAGAAUCCGAUGGUGUCCAUUUACAACAAUUUGCACAUUCAGCAAACCCAUUUGCAACUUCAGCAGCACUUACAGCUGCACCACCACCAGCAACGAGUCUUGGACAAUGCGGCUGCAGCAACAGCGGCCUACUCCAACUCUCCAGCCUCUCCGCUCGCCUCGCCCACUGGCAAUAUUAACUUCAACGGCGACCAGCAGCAGCAACAGCUUCAAUCCCUGGACGCCGCACUGCAGCGCAAGUCGGUGAUGGAGGAUAUUCAUGGAAUGCUGGAGACGGCGGUGAAUGGGUCUCGCGGAAGGAAGGACUUGGCUGCCCUCAACACGACGCCCCAGAGGAGCUUCUUCAAAGACGGCUGGCACAUGGUUGGGAUGCACAACUUCUUUGGUGAUCAGCCCAAAUCGCCGACCGAAACUCCGCCGGAGAUGGAGGAGACCACAAUGUCCCCCAACGAUGAUGAUCGCUUGGGAGGCGAGCCUCGAUCCGAGAUGAAGAACCUGGCCACGCUCUGUUCAGCAGCAGCCGCAGCAGCGGCUGUGGCAGCCGCCAACAAGGAGCAGGACGAGAUCAGCACUGAUAUCGAAAGCGACGGAGGCGAGGGCGAAGGUGAUGCUGGCGGAGAUGUUGAGGAGAAUACGCUGCCACCGGAGCCCCUCGAACUGGCGGCCGCACUGCGCGAGGAUGGCAUCAUUGUGGAGGAGGAGGAGGCGGACGAGGACGAAGACGACACCAACAGCGGUGAUGUCGAGAAGCUCAACUACGACGAUGACGACGUGGAGGUGGACAACGACGAUGGCGAUGUUGAUUAUAUCGAUGAUGACGAGGGCGCAGGCGAUGGGGAAGAGGAGGAGGAGGAAGAGGAGGAGGAGGACGACGAGGAUGAUGAUGAGUUCUUCCUGGAUGUUCCAGUUGCCUCCGACCAAGCCUCCUCGAACAACAACAUCAACAACAACUCAAAGCGAGGAACCAGCUCCCUGCCGCUCAAGCAGCGCAAGAUGGCCACCCGAUUGGAGAACCUGAUUCUUACUUCGCAAUCUCUGUGCGACUUUCCACCGGACCUGACCAACUCCGAACUGGUCCACGUCCUCCCGCAAAUCAGCAAUCUCAAAGCGGCGGCCAGCAGCAACGCAGCCCUCAACAGCGUCCUUCAUCAGCAACUGGCGGCAGCCACCGCGGCAGCAGCGCAUGCCAAGGCGGCGGCAGCGGCCCAAAAACACCAGCAACAGGAGGGAGACCAGCCUUGCGAUGAAGAAGGCGGCGCAGGCGCCAGCGAGCUGUAUCCCGCAUUGGAGCACUUUGCCAACGAUGGCGAAAUGGAAGACAUAUUCCAGGAGCUGGCCAGCAGCCUCAACUACCCAGAACUGGCAGAGUUCAGCCUGAAUCAGAUGUGCAAGGGAAGAUUCGCUGGAAACUGGGCGCAGACGUCUGCCAAGUGGACCGGACAGGAGCAGUUGGUGGGCGUGGUUAGGUCCCCGGGCCUGAUCAAUCCCAGCGAUGUGUCGGCGCAGGAUGGCCAGCGACCGGCGAAUCUUUUGCUGCUCGACUAUCCCAUGCAGCAGAACAUCCCGCUCGACCAGCGUCUCCUUGAGGCCGAGGAAAUGCACUUGCAGCAACAACAGAAUCCGCUCUCGCUACUGCCCUUCACCACGGACGAACAGCAGCAGCAACAGCAGCUGCACCACCAGGCGAUGCCCAACGCUGCCGCCGAGUUCCAUCAGCAGCAGCAGCAGAUCGCUUUGGAGGCUGAUCCCGAGCUGAAACAGCAGCUGCAGCAGUACUCGAAUGCGCGCAUCAUCAAGGCAGUGGCCGCCCAGCACCAACAGCAGCAGCAGCCGGCCACCAACUUUGUCUACAAUGUGGACAGCGGCGACAAGAAUGCUCCACCGGUGCAGCUACUAUUCCAGUUGCCGCCGAACAUGGCCCAGCAACAGGCGUCUGGAGAACCCCUGUCUGACCAGCAACAGCAGCAACUGCAUGCCGAGCAGGCUCAUCUAUUCCAGCAUCGUGCGUCCGGCCAGCGUCCGCCCACCCAGAGCGAACUGGAUCAGGUGGCCCAGGAGCUUCUGCAUCAGCGCGUUGGCCAGCUGCCCACCACUCCCGUUGUGGGUGUUCAGGCCCUGCCCCUCAAGCAGAAACACUUCAAUCUGCAGGAACAGCUGCUCCUACACCCUCCGCCGCACAUGCAGGCGCCCACCUGUGUUCAGCAUCAGAAUGCUUGUCCCCAGGUGGCUACGCAGACGCAUCCGGCUCCGGUGGUGGUGCCGCAGCCCGCCGUCGGCCAGUACACUCAGUUCGCCCUGCAGCCUCCGCAGCAACAGCAGCUGCAGCCGGGCCAGGCCCAAAACGAGCUCUCAAUCUGGCCAAUGGGCACGCCCACUCCCAUACCCAAUACCCAAGUGAACGCCACCAAGCCCGGCGGAAUAGCCAAGAAGGUCAUUGACAAGCAGUCGCGGAAGGAUCGUCGUUGCUUCCGUCAAACUCCAGCUGGAAGUCAAGUAAACACCAAUCAGCACCAGCAGCCGCAGGUUGCCGCAGCUCAGCAGCAGGCCCAGCUACAGAACCAACUGGCUGUGGCCACGCCAGUCAGCGUGGACAAGACCAUCGAGAUUGACUCUGAGACAGAGUCAAACCACGACACCGCCCUAACUCUGGCCUGUGCUGGAGGGCACGAGGAACUUGUCGAGUUGCUGAUCACUCGAGGUGCCAACAUCGAGCACCGCGACAAGAAAGGAUUCACGCCGCUGAUAUUGGCGGCAACUGCUGGUCACGAGAAGGUUGUGGACAUACUCCUGAAGCAUAGCGCGGAACUCGAAGCCCAGUCGGAGCGCACCAAGGAUACGCCACUGUCGCUGGCCUGCUCCGGAGGUCGCUACGAGGUAGUGGAGCUUCUGCUGAGCGUUGGUGCCAACAAGGAGCACCGCAAUGUCUCCGACUACACACCCCUGAGUUUGGCGGCCAGUGGCGGCUAUGUGAACAUCAUUAAGCUGCUGCUGAGCCAUGGAGCAGAGAUCAACUCCCGCACGGGCAGCAAACUGGGUAUAUCCCCGCUGAUGUUGGCCGCCAUGAACGGCCAUACGGCGGCGGUGAAACUGCUGCUGGACCAGGGCUCCGACAUCAAUGCCCAAAUCGAAACCAACCGCAACACGGCCCUUACCUUGGCGUGCUUCCAGGGAAGGCACGAGGUGGUCAGUUUGCUCCUCGACCGGCGGGCUAACGUGGAACAUCGCGCCAAAACCGGGCUCACACCCCUAAUGGAGGCAGCCUCGGGUGGCUACAUUGAAGUGGGCCGAGUUCUGUUGGACAAGGGAGCAGAUGUGAACGCCGCACCGGUUCCCACGUCAAGGGACACUGCUCUAACCAUCGCCGCGGACAAGGGACACCAGAAGUUUGUUGAGCUCCUCCUGUCCCGUGGCGCCAGCGUUGAGGUGAAGAACAAGAAGGGCAACUCUCCGCUGUGGCUGGCCGCUCACGGCGGUCACCUGAGCGUGGUGGAGCUUCUGUAUGACAACCAGGCGGACAUCGACUCGCAGGACAAUCGACGCGUGUCGUGCUUAAUGGCCGCCUUCCGCAAGGGACACACCAAGAUCGUCAAGUGGAUGGUGCAGUACGUGUCGCAAUUCCCCUCCGACCAGGAGAUGAUCCGCUUCAUCGGCACCAUCAGCGACAAGGAGCUCAUCGACAAGUGCUAUGAUUGCAUGAAAAUCCUGCGCAGCGCCAAGGAGGCCCAGGCUGUCAAGGCGAACAAGAACGCCUCGAUCCUGCUGGAGGAGCUUGACCUGGAGCGGACACGCGAGGAAAGCCGCAAGGCGGCAGCUGCCCGACGUCGCGAGCGCAAAAAGAAGAAGAAAAUGGAGAAAAAGGAGGAGAAGCGCCGCCAGCAGCAGGGUAGUGGAAACGGGAAUGCCGGUGGUGAUGAUCAGCAGGGCGAUGAGGAUGAUGCCAGUGACAAGGAUGAUGACUCCGACAAGGAGGACGAUGACGAGGAGGCUCCUCCGGCUGUUACCCGCGAAGAGGGCGACUCUGGCAUCGAUCAGGGCUCCUGUUCCAGCGGCGACACAAAGGCUGCCAAGGCAUCUCAGGCACCCGAAGCGGCUGCCAAUCCCAGCUCGACCACCAAUCAAGGCAAGAAGAGCAAGAAGCAGCAGAAGAACAAAUCUGCUCCGGCAGAGAAUCCAGUUCCCGCCCCUCCUGCUGCCAACCCAACCGCCUCGAGCUCGGUUCUCAAGGGCAUUUCGGUGAAGAAGCAACCGGCGGUGGAGAUCAGUGCAAAGCAGCUGCCGGCCAGCCAGCAGGCAGCUCCCGUCAAGCGCCAGCUGGAGGUCAAGAAGGAGGAGCAGACCGAGAAGCAGCAAGCCCCGAAGAAGAAGGACGAGAAGAGCAUCGAGAAGAAGCGCGAGAAGGAGAAUCUGGCGCCGAAGGAGGUGGCCCUGGCAGCUAAGCAGCAACCCAGUAACUCGAGCAAGCUUCAAAGCAGCGAGUCCACCACCAACAUCGCCCGAAAGGAAGUGGGAAAAGCUCUUCCGCCGGCCACCAGCAGCGUCUCCAGCCUGAAUCCGGCCAAGCGCACCGAAGUCGAUGGCUGGAAGGAAGUGGUUCGCAAGAGCAGCACCCAGCAAACUACCGCAGUCACCGGCAACUCCAGUGGAACUCCCACUCCCGUGACCUCUGCCAGCUCCGCCACUAGCCUGCAGCACCACCACCACGGCCACCAUCACCUGGCCAACAGCUCCAGCAACAGUUCCAGCUCACUAGCCACAACAACCACCCAGGGGUCGUCGUCGGCGCCCGAGAUGACCUGCAAGAAGGUCCAAGUGCCGGUGAAUGCCAUAUCUCGCGUCAUCGGUCGCGGUGGUAGCAACAUUAACGCCAUCAGAGCCACCACUGGUGCCCACAUCGAAGUGGAGAAGCAGGGCAAGAACCAGUCCGAGCGGUGCAUCACGAUCAAGGGACUUACAGACGCCACCAAGCAGGCCCACAUGCUCAUUCUGGCACUUAUCAAGGAUCCCGAUGUCGACAUACUCCAAAUGCUGCCGCGAAUCAACAGCAGCAUCAAGCAGGCGGCCAACGCUGUAAUGGCAGUGGGCACUUGGGACAACCGUACGGCCGCUGGAGUUACUGGGAAUAACUUCUCCUCGGCCGCGUCCACCACAUCGACGUCGUCGAGUUCUUCGGCCAGUUCCACCACACCAGCGGGCACUGCAGCCUACAGCAAUGCGCACAAACAGCAGCCACAGCCCGCCCAGUCGGCGAAGGCUUCAAGUGGCAGAGCCGCGGCAUCGUCCAAGGCGAACGGCGCCAAGGCGGCCGCAAGUGGAUCCGCUGGAUCUCGCGGCCAGAAUGCCCGUAACAGCGGCGGCUAUCUCGGCCAGCAACAGGCACAGCAGUCGUCGGGACGUGGAGCGGGCGGUGCAUCCUCUAACGGAGUAACGAAGGGCAAGGCCGAGAGUUCCAGCUCAAACGCCAAAUCCCAGCAGGCAGCUCAGAAGAACAGCUCUUCCUCCGCCGCCCAGGCCAAGUCGAGCUCGACUGUGCCGGCAGGAGCCCAGAAUUUUGCAAAGGCAGCGGCUAUAGCUCAGGCUUCGCCCAAGAAGGAGCCGAGUACCACAGUCCCCUCAGCUGGCGGGCGAAGCAGUGGCGUGGUUGCUCCAUUCGGCAGAGGCAAGCCCGUGUCGGCAGGAGCUCCGGCAGCUCCCAAUGCGGUGGCCCCACUCGGCAGUGGAGGCGGAAAUGCAAGCGGCAACAUAUUGGCUGGACCAAUUGGCACCUUCAAUGUGGCGGAUGUGGCCGCCGUGAAUGCCGCCGCAGCAGCAGCAGGAGCGUCAUCGGGAGCCACUUCCAACAGCAGCGCAAAAUCUCCGGCCCAACCUGCUCCAGCACAGCAGCAGCAACAACAGCAACUACAACAACCCCAGCAACAGCAAUCGCAGCCGGCAUCGGCUGCACCUGGAGGAGUUCCACAGCAGCAACAGGCACAAUCCCAGCAGCAGCAGCAGCAACAGCAACCUCAACAGCAGCCACAACAGACACCGCAACACCCGCAGCCGACCCUCCAACAACAGCAACAGAACCUGGUGAUCAACACAAACAUCCUGAACGACCUGAUGGCCGCCAACCCUGUCAGCGACAGCUUCAGCACCCAGCUGGCCGCCAAGUUGUCCAGUGCCUACUCCCUUUUCAGUGAUUACCAGCAGUCUCAGUGGGGCAAGUUGGGAGAUCCGACCACCGGCGGUGCAGCUGGCGCUGUGGGCGAUGGUCUGCCCCAAGCCGACGCCUCCAAGGCCCCAGGCUACAAUCGGAACAUCCUGAGCUCACCGGUGGGCAGUUCCAAAGCUUCGUCGAAUCACUCGACCUCGCCACCCGUCGGAAAUGUGAUUCAGCAGCAGCAACAACAGCAGCAACAGCAGACGCAGGCCAACCAGCAGAGCGUACAGCAGCAACUGAAUAUCAUCACCAGUGGAGGAGGUGCCGUCUCAGCGCCCGCCAGAUCUCCGUUGGUGGCCAGCAAUGACGGAAUUCCGCCUGGUAUUCAGGCACAGCCCAACAUCAAUGGCGAAUCGGCCCCGGCCCACUCGCCAGGUGUCAUAAAGCCCCCGACAUCGGCGGCGCCCAUUCAGCGUCAUGUGCCCAUGGGCGACACCGGCGCACCCCAACAGUUUGGAGCCAUUGGAUCGAAUCCAUCGAGCACUGCCGCGGCCGCUGCCGCAGCUGCUGCCGCCGCCAUGAUCGACCGCCAGCAACAGAAUCUGCAGCGCCUGAUCUACGACAAGGUGGGAGCCUCCCAGCAACAGCCUCAGCCGCAGCUCAACUACCAAAUGGAAAUGUCGUCGCCCUACAUUGUGGACGACAGGAACAUGCUGCGUUUGAAUCCCCGACCUUCUGUGUUCGGGCAGGGCAACAAGCAGCAGCCACCGCAGCCGCCGCAGCAGCAGGCUGCCCAGUCGAGCAUGUUCGGAGGUGGAACCCCAGGACGGCAGGGCGCCAGACAAGCAGGAGGAGGUGGCGCCGGUGGAGCGACCGCACAGCGUUGGUACGGCGGUACUUUGGAGUAUCCUUCGUACACAGGCCGCGACAUGCUUCAUCUGGAAAAUGGAAUGGCGGGCCUUGGAUCGCCAUCGGCCAUGUCCCCCAACCACGAAGAUAUUCGAAAAAUGCCACGUCCCAUUGGCACAGAGCGGGCCGCCUCCUGGAAGUUCAACAACUUUAAUGUGGCGGCCGCCUCGGCCCUGAACAUGGACGAGGCCCUUUCCACCGUCCUGCCUCCGUGGGCGCACGAGCCGAAGGCUCAACCACCCGGCCUGCAACAGCCGCCUCCUCCGCCCCAGUCGCAGCAGCAACAGCAGCCGCUUAACUGGCUUAAGCAACAGCAACCACAACAACAGCAAUACAGACCCUAUAACAACGGGCCUUAUCCACAGCAGCAGCAACACGAGCCCAUGAAUAUGGCCAUGGACUACCACAAUAUGCAGGCUCCGCCGAAUAUGGGCCAACAGCAACAGCAACACGUUAACCUUAUGCCCUCGUACGGCUUCCAGCAUUUCGUGGGAGCCCCAGGAGCGGCUGACAUCUCCGCUCACAUGCCAGAUAAGAUGGAGGUGUGGGAUCACCACGACAAACACAUGCCAUGGGCCAAUUACACCACCAAUUGGUCCAACUGAUGUCCCAGAGACACUCAAAAGGAAGAUCUGCUCAGUACAUGCCGUUCAAGCAACUGAAUCGGGCGGUAGUGAUUAGAUAUCUUCCCCAAUCACCAGGACUCAACACACAGCAACCGCAAACGCAUCAGUCACAUCAGUAGCAGCCGCAGCAUCAGCAGCCGAAGUAGCAACAGUCGCAGCAGCCGCAGCCGCAGCCGCAGUCGCAGACGCAUCCGCCGGAAAUAGCAGCUUCAGCAGCAACAGUAACAACAUAAGCAUUUCACUGAUUUGAUGAACAUGCAAAGCGAAAUAAUAUUUAUUGAAUUUCUA